GUUUAUUGCCGAUUUAACAACGGAAUUGUGUAUGGUUAUACUCCUGGUCGUGCACUUUCCGUACCAGACAUGAGCAAUCAGCAUAUAUGCUUGCUUAUUGCAGAACAUAUGGCAGUUUGGCAUAAAGUGAACAUUUCUAAUGAGAAGGAAUCAGCACUAUUUCCUAAUUUACGGAAAUGGUUAAAAGAAG